AUGGCGGAGAUCCUCGAGAAGAUCAACGAGCUUCGAGCGCUACCUGAGGAGCAACAUCUAUUUUGCCCUCGCACCGGCGAAGAUGGGGCAAUAUAUUACGACGAAGACGUAGCAAACUACCCGCCCGAGACCGAUCCUGCCAUAUUACAAGACCGCGAGCUACACUUGCUACAAGCGAACGAGCGGAAAUGGACAACGUUGAAGGCAAUGGAAAUAUUGGCCUUUGAUGGAGACGAGGCAGCACCCCACAAGGAAUGGCUGCUGAGCCGGCUGAACCAGCUCAUGCAGAGUUGCGAUGUCUGCGUGCGAGUCUUUCACCAAUCGAGAGCUGAAUGGAGGACACGACUUUUCGACACAUACGACGAAGAAAACAUAGGGGACUUCUUGAACGUGGUGGACGAGCAAUGUCUUGGGCGUAUACAACCUGGCUUGGACGAAGCAAACGCCAUACUGAGCAGCGCAGAACCAAAAGCUCGCGGCGUACGGAUACUGCCACCAUCGUGCACAUAUGCCUUCUUCGAGGCGUUGAGCUGCGAUGCCCUUGUGCGGAACGAGGAUCGCCUCACACAGCACUUUGAUGGUCCAUUUGAGCUAGUUCAAACAAAAAAACGGCUGAAGGUGCAAGCCUACCUCCCAGCCAUGACGCGAUUCCUCUUCAGCAAGAAAGAGAGUCGCCAACGAUGGGCAGCGACAACUUGGUCAACGUUCAAGCGCGAUCUUCUGAAGACAGAGUUUGAGUGGGCUGUGCGAGACUAUAUGAUCAGUGCUAUGAUGAAGAUCCAGAUGAACAAUCUCGAUUUCGAACUGGUCCCAUUGUUCUGGAGUGGUGCUCGUUUGAUUAUCAGCAAAAUGGACAGAGAGCUGAUAUCAGAGUACAUUCGCGGCCUCGAUGGAAACUUCUAUCGGUUGAUGCUCGACCAUCUUUCCCUCAAGUCGGAAGCGUUUCUCGACAUACUUGCCGCAAUGGAGGAGCUACUUAAAAAAGCCCCGGUUGACUUCUGGGAAGGCAUGAACGCCGUCACUCCUUCAAUAGCUACAGUCGUCGAGCAGAUUUUCAACAGCCCUGUGUUACAGCAGGUGCUGAUUGCAGCAAGGGGAGAUGAUGAACAGAGUAUGAACAACGUUCAGGCAGCAUUCAGUUGGAUACCUCGGUUCACCGCUUCUAUCAAGCCAGCAAAUCUUGGUCCAGCUGUUCGGCCUUUUGCACAGGCACUUUUCGGUCGCUUCCAGGACGAACGAUACCCUCAAGUAUCCAGAGCGAAGUGCUUUCGCGAAGGCUUGAAGGUGCUUGAAUUCACGUUCAAGAAGAUGUGCGAAGGAAAGACAAUCGAAAAGUUCGUCGGACAACCAACAGUGAACGGCAUGAUGGACAUGUUCUCGACGCAUAUUCAGUUGCUUGUUUCGAGGCUGAAGACCUUCAGCGGCAGCGGCAGCGACGCAGAUAUAGAAGAUGCAGAUCUAACUUUGACUGUGAUCCAGAACGCUUUCUUGCUUGAAGCUCAGUCUUUGAUUAUUGAAAGGCAGCUGAUCUCGGCGAAAAAGCCUUCGCCGACAGAGACACCGUCUUCUGCGCCGAUUUGGAAGACUAUAUUGAAGGCCAUUGACCAUCAGAGCCUGGACCUUGCAUCACAUCUACUCGUUGCGGGAAGAGCUCUGAUUGGACUUGAACCUCUGUCAAUGAAGUCCGGCGUUGAGAAGGUCCCCGCAGAGGUGCGUCAUUUCAAUGAUCGUUUCAAGCUCCUUUCUCAGUCGAUUACGGAUGUCGUUGAUCGAUUGUCCGAGUUCAAUCCAUCGCAGCUACACGCUCUUUUCGAGAAACCAGUAGCCGCGAGUGCGAUCGUCUCACUAUUGUUUUCUUCGACAGAGGACACUAGGAGUUCAGCUAUCGAGCUACUCAAGGUCAUUAGUCUGGAAGAGGAGCGACGAGAUGCCCUGCAGCACAUUAUCAAGAACUACUUUAGGAAUGUAGUUUUGGGCAUUUCGGAUUCGGUUCGCCAAGUCAUGCGCAAGAAGGCGUUCGCGCCCACUCCGAGUAUGAUUCGGACAUGUCGAGACGUUAUCGAUGUUCUGUGCAACUCCCAAGACGGUGUCUUGCGUACCAAAGACCUUAAUGAUGGAGAAGCAGCGGCAACAAUGACUAUCUGGAGAAAUUUGUGGGAUGCACUUACCAUGAUUUUUGCGACCACAGAAGCCUGGAGCAAUUUGGGCUUCUAUGACAAGCAGAUGAUGAUGGACUUCUGUCGAGAUACCAUGCAAUUUGCCGACGAGGUCUUUGACCAAUGUAGCAUCUUUGCGACAGCUCUGAAGAAGCAGGCCCAGUCGGGUGAUGAUGAGAGCAAGGCGAAAACCGAGCUACUGCAAGAGCUACUUGAGUUGCCUGCAAAUGCUAUGGAAGGCUUGGCCAAGUGGCUCCGUCUACGAGAUGAAUUCUUGUCGAGCAAGUCCGUCACUCUUAUCAGCAAGCUUCUUAUUCGACUGCACAAUGUGUCGAUCGAAAUCAGCACCGAGACUCUAUCUUACAUGGAGAGAAUCUUGACUGGUGACAUUCGAGCUAAGCUCAGUACAACACAACAGGCUGAGUUACAACAAGCACUCGAAACACAUCUUGGGCACUCCAUUGUCAAGGAAGAAGAGGCCGUGGCACCUAAGCAAGCUUCUAUCAGUAAAUGGAUGUCUACGGGUGUAGCAGCGUCACCGAGCGACGCAAAGGCGAGACUGAUGUCCAGCCUGACUUCGGGCUCGAGUGCGUUCAAAGAGAAGAGGGAAGCUAUGCGGGCCCAAGAGGCGAAGCUUGCUAAGCAAAAAGCUGUUGAUGCACAAAAGAACUCUCAAGAUGAGUUCAAGAGGAAGCGCCAGCUCGAACUACAAAGACGAGAGAAAGAGAGGGCGGCUGCCAUUGCGAAGGCCAAACAAGCUCGUGGUCUUACACAGACUAACGAAGCAGGUUCUGGGCUUGAAGGCCUGGGUGUUUUGGGCAAAGAUUCUGCAGCUAAGGGUGAAGGUCUCAUGCACUCGUCCGAUGAGUCUGAUGAUAGCGAAGGUGACAUCGAUGAAGAUCUCUUCGGCAUUAAAAAGUCGAAGGCAGUGGCUGGACCGAAGACGAACAUCAUUAACGAAGUCAAGAUACAGAUGCCAUUCAAGAAGAAGAGGGUACAGCGCUCUAUCAAGGACAUGCGUGCUCGCCUUGCUCCUGAUUUGUCAUCGCUCCACAGGGCCAUUCUCAGCUGGGACUACUACCACGACGGGGACUAUCCGCCCAAGUCGAAUCCCAGUAUCUACUCCAAGGUUCUCAAUACCUUCCGAACACCGAACGACUAUCAGAACACUUUUGAACCACUCUUGACGCUGGAAGCCUGGCAAGGGUUCGUCAAAGCUCGAGAAGAAAACCAGAACAAGGCCUAUGAGGUCCGCAUCACGUCACGAGCAAGUGUGGACAUGUUCCAAGAAGUCGGUAGCACGAUGACGCAUGAAGAGAACCGUGAUAUCUUCAUCUCGGAAGGCGAUAUCAUCCUCCUGUCCCGGACAAAGACGCCCUCAGCUGAGGUGCCGACCUGCCUAGCAAGAGUGUUUCGUGUAAAAAGGAAACAGCAGCACAUUGAAGUCUCAUACCGCGUAGUACCAGGCAAUCCUCUGUCCUCUGCGUUGAACCCAAGCAGUUCUGUCUUUGGUAUCAAGCUGCAAUCCAUUACGCCGCUUGAGCGUGAGUACGGUGCGCUGAAGGGCUUACAGUACUAUGACCUUUGUGACGAGAUCAUCCGGGCCAAGCCAUCGCCUCUUCUGACCUACAGCGACAAGCAAAUUGACCCGCUUGUGGAGAACUACAAUCUGAACAAAGCACAAGCUAGAGCUGUCAAGUCAGCGAUGGAUAACGAUGCCUUUACGUUGAUUCAAGGUCCCCCUGGCUCCGGAAAGACGAAGACCAUCACUGCCAUUGUUGGUGCAAUCCUGUCAGAUACUCUACGAAGGGGUGGAACAGCCGUACCGGUGCCCGGCGCUCAACAGCGAAGUGACACGGCAGCGAAAAAGUUGCUAGUCUGUGCACCAAGUAACGCAGCUGUCGACGAAUUAGUCAUGCGUUUCAAGACUGGUAUCAAGACUCUGAACGGCGAUGCGCGCAAGCUGAACAUAGUGCGUCUCGGUCGAAGCGACGCUAUCAAGUCCGAAGUGCAGGACGUCUGCUUGGAAGAGCUCGUUAGCCAGAAAUUGGGCACUACGAACACAAAGAAUAGCGACCGUGAGGCCACACAGAAGCUGUUUACUGAUCACAAGGCAAUUUCCGAAAAGUUGAGGAACGCUAUAGACCAGAUCCAGACCGGCGAGCUGAAGGGUGACGACGCGAAGAAGCUUCAAGAGGACAUCAACGCUCUGCGAAAACAGAAGCAGAACCUCGGAACCAGAAUCGACAAUGCAAAAGACGACGAGAAGCUUGCUGGUCGCAAUGCGGAUCUCAAUCGCCGACGAGCUCAGGAAGCCAUCUUGAACAACGCACACGUCAUCUGCGCGACGCUUAGUGGUUCUGGCCAUGAGAUGUUUCAGGGCCUCAGCAUCGAAUUCGAGACUGUCAUAGUCGACGAGGCCGCACAGUGCGUUGAGAUGAGUGCACUUAUUCCUCUCAAGUAUGGCUGCGCAAAGUGCAUUCUAGUCGGAGAUCCCAAGCAGCUGCCACCUACGGUCUUCUCCAAGGAAGCUGCUCGUUUCGCUUACGAACAGAGUUUGUUCGUUCGUAUGCAAAAGAACCACCCCGAUGAUGUGCAUCUUCUGGAUACGCAAUACCGCAUGCAUCCCGAGAUUAGUCUGUUCCCAAGCCAGACAUUCUACGAUGGCAAGCUCUUGGAUGGUGGCGAUAUGGCAGGUAUGCGCAAGCAGCCGUGGCACCAGAGCAUGCUGCUUGGCCCAUAUCGCUUCUUUGACGUCCUUGGUCAACAGUCAGCCGCACCGAAGGGCCAUUCGUUGAUCAACAGAGCUGAAAUUGAUGUCGCUCUACAAUUAUAUAAGCGACUUACCACCGACUACGCAAGCUACGACUUCAAGGGGAAAGUUGGUAUUAUCACGCCUUACAAGAGUCAGCUCAGGGAGCUGAAGAGUCAAUUCACAUAUGCGUAUGGCGCCAACAUCAUCGACGAAAUUGACUUCAACACCACCGAUGCCUUUCAAGGUCGCGAGAGCGAAGUUAUCAUCUUUUCGUGUGUGCGUGCGUCACCAGCAGGUGGCAUUGGUUUCUUGCAGGACAUUCGCCGAAUGAACGUCGGCCUGACACGCGCCAAGUCUUCACUUUGGGUCUUAGGCAACUCUCAAUCACUUGUCCGAGGUCAAUUCUGGAGGAAGCUGGUCGAGGAUGCGAAGAGUAGGAAGAGGUUCACAGAUGGCAACAUCAAGAAAAUGUUAAGCGAGCAUUCGAGCAAGUACCCAGCACCUAAGGAAGGUUACUUGCAGUCGCAGUGUUCAACUACGGAACCUAAAUCAGAGUCCUUGAGUAGCAAGGGGGCUCAUCAGUCCAACGGAGGCGGCAUCAAGCAAGAGCUUGAACAGGGUUCGAAGCAAGAGAUCAAACAGGAGAUCAAGACGGAGCAGGGACUUGUGCAUCACGCAAAGCGCAAGCUCAGCGACAGCCCAGACAUCAAAAACGAAAACAACGGCGAUGAUUUCGAUUUGUUCGGCGAUCGAUCGGACACGGCUUCAAACGCUAACACCCAUGCACGCAAUGGCGACAGCGGUACAUCAACUCCUGCCGCUCAUGCAAGAAGCUCACCGGCAGUCGAGAGCGAUCGCGCAAGCACGCCCGGAGACGUUCUCGGGGGUAUGCGGGCAAAACCUAAGAUCAGAAAGAGGCCCAAGCCUAGUGGGCCGUUCAUUGAUAAUAGGCCCAAGAAGCCGAAGACAGGGUAA